ACUGUGUGCAGAAAUUGAGGAGAUGUCUUCAGAAGGGACAAUGAGUGUAGUAGGGAGUGAGGUGAUGCCCCUAGAGUAUGGUGGCAUGGACUCGGAGAGCAGUCUGUCUCUAUCUAGUUCGGAGAGGACGGUGGAGGAGAGAAAGGAGCGAAGGGUAGUAGAAGAAGAGGAAGAUGAAAUUCCCUCCAAUGUUAUAGAAAUUGAGGGUAAUGGAGAUGGGUGCUAUGACCUAGAUUUAGACAUAGUAUCCGAGGUGAGAGAGUAUGUGAGUGAAUUGAGUAGUAGGAGUAGCCUUAGGGGUCUAGUAGGAAACUGUAACCUUCCUCACCAUGUCCUAAUUAGGCUUGCUGGGGGGUGGUACUACUUCGGCCCUCGGUCGUCCAGCGAAGAGAAUAGGGGUCUAUUCACUAUUGGACCGUCAUCCAUCAAAGGCUGGAAAGAAAAAUUCUUCUUUGUGGAUGACACCGAGUGGAGUAGGAUGGAUGUCGAAGUAGAACAAUUGUCUGCUUGGAAAGCUAAGAGGGCCAAGCAGAACAAUUAUAUGUUGAAUGAGGAUGAAGUGGAAGAAGUAGGGAAGCUGGUGAGGGAAGAGGGGGAGUUAGUGGAUAUCAUGUGCCUCACCAGCGCAAAGGCGAUAGAGGCUGCCGAGCUCUAUGGGCCAAGCUCAUUGAGUGAAGCUGAAAUUGAUGGCUUUCUAAACGCUGCUGGGGGCCUGGCUAUCCCAAAGAAGCCAAGGAAGAAGUCAAAGACUUCAACUGCGGCAGAAAAGGGGGUGGUAAAGAGGGAGCGGUUGUCCAGCACUUCUGCCCGUGCUUUGGAGAUGCAGCCAAGGCCAAAGCCUGUGAGAAUGAGCAGUGAGGAGGUGAGCAAGGAGGUUGCACCACUCCAGAGAAAGAAGAGGAAGGUGGCAGAACCAGAAGUUAGGAGGGAUGAGGUGAUUGAGUUCGUGCCUCGACCUUCUCCUCUUGAAAUUGAUCCUGAAGUCAGGGAGAGGAAGGAGGCCGAGGUGCGAGGCCCUGGCAAAGGGAAGGAGCUCAUCCCUCCCCUUUCAUUCCAGAAAAGUCUAUUCGAUGCAACCAACGUCACUGGAGCGAAGCGGUUCUUAAAUGCCACUCUUCCGGAGGUGGAUAAAAGGCAAGCGAGGGAUGAGGCGGUGGGCCACCUGGGGGCGCGGAUUGUGAGGCACGCCCUAGAGAGUGUAAGCUGGGUAAACGCUCUAGUGCAGGAGUACGCGGAGAGCGUGAGAGAUUGUGCUAGCUUACAAGCUCGAGGUCAAGACAAAUACAUUGAGAACAUAAAGAAAGGAGCGACGGAGCUAAAGAAGAACGUGAAUCUGCUGGUUCACAACGGAAUGGAAGAGCACAUUGGCAACUUCCUCAACUCCAGCAUCUUUGAGAACAUCAUCAACCUCUACCGGCUGCCGACCGCAAUUGUGGCCUUCACCGACUGUAGAAAGAAGGUGAAGGCUCAGUACCCGGAGGUGGACGUUACGACGGUCACCUUUGGUAAAGAAGAAGAAGGAGUGGAGGAGGAUGGUGAGAGCCUCUCUGCUAACUUAUGGCCUCUGAUCAAGCUGAGGUGGGAGCGUGACGUAGAGGGGCGUACUAUCUUUCCUCCAGCCUUUGAUGUUGAGUUGGUGGCUGUAGAGGAAGAGGAAGAAGUGCCAAAUACUGGAGUGGAGAACCAAGCAAUCCCGGCCGAAGUCCAGUCUCCUCUGGCGAAGUGCAGUAGAUAGCUCUUCCUGAAGCAGAAGUGCCGCCUCUGCCUACUGGGGAUGAGCCGCCUCAACCACCUUUUCAUGCUGAGGAACAGCCUCCUCCUCUAGUAGAGUAGCUUAGGUUUUUAUAUCUUUUAGUUAUAUUUGUAAAUAACAUUUUUGUAAUUAAUAUUAAUUUAUAAAAAUUUUGAAGUUAU